GAAGCGUUCUUCGGUUUAGUUUUCACAGUGUCAGUUUCUCUCGGCUGAAACAGCUUUUGGUCGUUGAUCGGCAGCUCUGGUAAAAAGCCUAGCCCGAUUCGGCUUCUUCGCCACUUCUCAAUCACGGUGAUAUCUGAUCUUGUGGAGGGCGACUUCUCCCGACCCUGCAACCGCCAUGCCAUUGCUCGAAAGCAAUUGGAAGAGGUGACGAAAUACAUCGGAUAUUUUUCACUCGCGUAUCUCUUGCAUCAUAUAGUGAGAGGUAUCUACGUUGAAAUAAAUAAAGCCAACGAUGGCGUGUUUCCGAACUUUUGCGUACUAAAGUGUUUGCAGUAUUAGAGGGGUUUCUGGACCAUAGCAUAUUGAAAGCAAGAAAAGGAUGGCAUACCAAUGGUUCCGAGAGGGAGUGGAUGUGGAGAUUGCCAGCAUCAAUCCCUGCCAACGCGGAGUCUACUUCCCCGGGAAAGUGGUAGCGCCGUCCUUUGAUGAUUCCAAUAAAUUCUUGGUCGAAUAUGAUACGAUUACCAACGAGGAGGAGGGGACUACUCGGCCCUUCAGUGAGGACGUGAGAGUUGGUCUCUUGAGGCCACGGCCGCCAUUGGAAGACAAGCUCGGGUUUAAGUGUAAUGAUUCUGUGGAUGCAUUCUUCCAUGGAGGCUGGCGAGAGGGGGUUGUGGCUAAAUGUCUGGACAAGUCAUGUUAUUUAGUUCAUCUGAAGAGCAUGAAGCAGAGUUAUCAGUUUAGAGCCUCUGAGCUUCGGGUUCAUCGGGAAUGGAUAAGAGGAGCCUGGUGUCCCCCCUACGAGGAUGAAAUCAAAGAAGAAGCCGAUGAUGAUGAUGAUGUUGAGGAGUUGCCAGCGAGAGCCAGACAGAAACCGAGAAAGAGGGCACUACACGAGUUUUUUGGGAAAGGGAAUCUAGUCGAGGUUAGCAGCGAUGAGGAGGGGUUCGAAGGUGCUUGGUAUGGAGCAACUAUCAUCGAAAAGCGACGGAAGGACAAGUUCCUCAUAGAAUACCUGAGCUUACGAGCAGAUGACGGUGAGAAGUAUCUGAGGGAAGAGGUUGAUGCCAUUCACCUAAGGCCUCAUCCUAUGGAAACCUUGGUUACAGAUGCUUAUAAUAGGAAUAGCAGAGUUGAUUGUUUUUACAAUGAUGGCUGGUGGGAGGGUAGAGUUGUCAAGGUCCUCGACGAGUCGAGGUAUCGAGUUUACUUCCACGGGACGGAUGAGGAGAUGGAUUUCCACUACCUUGAAAUGAGGCCGCACCAGGACUGGGUCGAUGGGAAAUGGGUAAAGCGAAGUAGGAAUAUCCAUAGGACGAUCUGAUCAACCUUGAAGUUACCCAAGUUCGAUCUCUGUACUCUGAAUCGUUCUAACCUCUUUGGAGCUACUCGACCCGCUUCACAUUCUUGACUAGGUACGGUGCUCGGAGGAUACCUUGUGAAUUCGGGAUCAGUGCAUAAAUUAAGCGUUU